AUGGCUGCGCCCCAUCGCAGAGAUAAUAGCUCUACACCAGGUCUUAGCUUGACUGCCCAACUGCAACUCGCUGAUACUGCUAUUCAACGCUAUUCCCUACUUGCCGAUGAUAAAGACUUCGUAUAUUCUUUCGGAGAUGAUAAAGCUCGUCUUGCCGACCGCCAGACAUUUCCCCCACUCGUGGGCACUGGAGGGGCUAUGGCCGUCGGUGAUCUUCCAGCUUGUAGUAUGACUUUCGUCCAUCUCCAUCCCCGCUCUGCCGAGCUUUUCACUGUAAUCUCUGGCCGCAUCCUGACAGAGAUGGUGCCCGAAACCGAUGUCCUUGAUGCCUCCGGGAAGCAACGAGUCAUUCGCACAGAACUUGGACCGAAGCAGAUGACUGUGUUUCCAAUGGGAUCAUUCCAUACGCAGCUGAACCCAGACUGUGAACCAGCAUCUGCGGUCGCAGCAUUUACUUCUGAGGAUAUGGGUGCGAGCGCCAUUGCCAGCCAGUUAUUCUCCCUAAGCGACAGUGUCGUUGAAAACACUUUUGGGCAAAGCAUUGCUGGUGAGGAUAUUGACAAAGUGCGGGACGCUAUCCCAAAAACGGUGGCUUUCAAGGUCGAGGAGUGUCUGGCAAAGUGUGGCCUCCAGAAGAGGGCUGUGUGA